UCGAACCGGAGCAGACCAAACGACGACCGCAUAUAACCACGGCCGCACCCUCCCAACCCGAACCCUCGCGUCGCCGGCGAUCCGAUACGUCGUCCGUCGUCUCCGAUAUAAUCGACUCGCCCCUGACCCCAGGCCAAGGCUUCGGCCCCAAUGGCUCUGCCGAACGCCCAGCCCGUGGACUACCCCAGCUUCAAGCUCGUCCUCGUCGGCGACGGCGGCACCGGGAAGACGACAUUCGUGAAGAGGCACGUCACCGGGGAGUUCGAGAAGCGGUACGAACCGACGAUCGGGGUGGAGGUGCGGCCGCUGGACUUCCACACUAGCCGCGGCAAGAUAAGGUUCUCCUGCUGCGACACGGCCGGCCAGGAGAAGUUUGGUGGCCUCCGCGAUGGAUACUAGGUGUGCGAGAACAUCCCGAUCGUUUUAUGCGGCAACAAGGUGGACGUGAAGAACCGUCAGGUGAAGGCCAAAAUGGUGACUUUCCACAGGAAGAAGAGCCUCCAGUACUACGAGAUCUCCGCCAAGAGCAACUACAACUUCGAGAAGCCCUUCCUCUACCUUGCAAGGAAGCUCACAGGGGACAUGAACCUCCGAUUUGUCGAAGAGACAGCCCUCCCCGCUGAAGUCUCCGUGGACCUCACCGCGCAGAGGCAGAUUGAGGCAGAGAUGGCAGCCGCAGCAGCGAUGCCCCUGCCGGAUGAGGACGACGAUAACAUGGACUGAGCUUAGCCAGAGGCGACCAGGCUGCCGUAGUUUGGUUCUAGCUUAGUAUAGAUGGUUUUAAGAGAGGCUUAUAUCUCCGUUUCAGAAUUUCUUUCAGUAGCGUUAGGUGAAGCUGGUUUAAUUCUGUAGUAGCUCUCGUCUACUCUCUCGGUGAUUGCUAAUGUCAGUUCGUCUCUUGGAGAUAUCUUGGAAGAGUUGUUGUUGGCUUGUGGCUUGAGUAAACAGAAGGCAUUCUAAUGGAAGGUUAAGUUUCUUCGUUA